AAUUCAGUAAUUACUUAGCUAUAAGCUCGGAAGUGCGUAGAAGCAGCAAUGUAUUGAAAGGAGCUAUAUUUUGGUAGAUAUCAUCGUAGUGGGCCCAGUAUUCAACGGACGGAUUCUUGGACAACAACAGAUGAACUAUGACCUCCCCUUCUGGGAACAACAAUCAUGUAUAUUUUGUUCGACACAGAAGUCCUCGACAAAUAAUUCAACGUUCAUUGAGUGUUGGAGGACCUGUGUAUAAUAGGCAAAUUGUUCAAUCUCCAUCACAAGUGGGCAGCACAUCAUCUUUACUCAUAUCAGCAAGCCCUCCUCAGGCUUUCCGGCUCCCCAUGUCACAGUCUCAACGUUUUUCGCCAUACCCUGCAAAUAGGAGAGCCAGAUGUAACUCAGACGUUGCCCCCUCUGUCAUUGUGAUGCCGAGUGUUAUCCCGAUAAAUUCACGACUUCCAAGAGUCAAUGUUUGUCAAGUUUCAUCUGUGCGAACUAUCACACCAAACACAGGAAUUCGAGCGUCACCCAGAGCAAAAGGGGGAGUGUCUGGGAUCGGGCUGCCUGUGAGGAAUGUGACUUCACACGGUGCUGUGAGAAAAGGAAAUAUUCAGAACCAGCAAUUUCCCAGAGUACGACUCAACGCAGAGAAGAAUCAUAGAGAGAGUACUGGAAUUCCGUCAUCCAGUUUUUAUAAUGGGGGCACCUCUGGAGAAUCUGAUUUUUCACGUUUCUUGAAAGCAACUUGUGAAGAUGUAAAGAAAUCAUUCCCAACUGUAGCAGUGCCGAAACCAACUACAAGAAAGAGAUUGAAUCUGGCAACUAAGCCUAAGAAAGCUGAGAAUGUUUGCAUCACAAUAUCAAGCGACAGUGAAGACGACGCCCCUGCCCCGUCCACAAAUGCUGAAUCAACUUCUCAAAAUCAAUCUCCACCGGCAACAACCAAAGAAAGUUCUAUCACCGAAAACGGAGAAAUGCCGCCCAAGAAAAUUCGUCAGGAUGAUACAAUAGAAAAGCCAGGACCUUCUACGCCUUUAACCUCACCGUCCCAAGAACCGUCACCAAUCUUGAAAUCAGAAGAAGCCUUGUCGAAAUUAACACUAAAUCUUUCCGUAGACUCAGUUAGACUCGGACAGAUGAAACUGGUUCCUAAGACUGUGCUGAGG